AUGCAGAAGGGCAAAAUGCUGAAAGGCUUCUUCUCCAUCCCUGUUACCUUCAGCUCAGUCUAUGCUCCAGCUCCAACACUUAUUGUUUAUGUUAUCUUCCCUAAUGGAAAAAUCAUUGCUGAUUCUGCCACCUUCAGUGUCUCCACGUGUUUCAGACAUAAGGUGGAGCUGGGCUUCUCAACAUCCCAGACUCUUCCUGAUUCAGAGGUUGGUUUGAACCUGCUGGCAGCUCCUGGGUCCACAUGUGCUGUCUGGGCUGUGGAUCAGAGUAUCUUUUUGCUGAAGCCAGAAAAAGAACUCAGCAGCUCCAUGAUCUAUGGGCUCUUCCCAUCUGUUUAUAACUCCGGGUAUCCUCGCCAAGUGUCUGAAGAUGAUCAUUCAUGUGGGUUCCCAAAUUCUGAUGAGCCUGAUGUGUUUACAGCAUUCAAGAAAAUGGGGUUGAAAAUUAUGUCCAACACCAAUAUCAGGAAACCAAGACUGUGUCUAACUACUCAGCCAACAACUAUGCUGCAGGAAACAGGCGUGAUCACUUCCAGGCCCAUGUUGAUGUUUGCUCAGCCUCAUAAAGCACCUAACACAGGGCAUCUGUUGACAUCUACCCAUCAGCCCACCAUGUUUUCACCUGUUUCUCCAGCAGAAGAGAAAGUGCACAAAUAUUUCACAAAAACCUGGAUAUGGGAUUUGUAUUCUGUGGGUCCCAGUGGGAACAAGAGUGUCACUGUCACUGUGCCUGGCACCAUCACAGAAUGGAAAGCAGGGAUGUUCUGCACAGGACGUAAUGGCUUUGGACUUGCUCCAACCUCCAGUCUGCUUGUUUUCAAGCCCUUUUUUGUGGAGCUCACACUGCCAUCUUCUGUGAUCCAGGGUGAGACCUUCAUCUUGAAGGCCACAGUCUUCAACUACCUGCAGCGAUGCAUGAAGGUCCAAGUGACUGUGGAGGAGUUCACACACUUCCAGCUGAAGCCAUGUAAAGGCUGUGUCUACAGCAGCUGCUUAUGUGCUGGAGAAGCUAAAACGUUUCAGUGGAGUGUCACAGCAGAGCAACUGGGGCUCAUGAACAUCACCAUCAGCACAGAGGCCGUGGCCACCAAAGACCUCUGUGACAAAGAGAUACCAUUUGUCCCAAACCAAGGACAGAAAGAUACAAUCACCAAACUCCUUCUUGUCCGGCCAGAGGGAGUGCUGGUGGAAAAGGCUCACAGCUCCAUCCUGUGUCCCAAAAAAGGAAGUCCAGCACAGGAGUCUGUGUCCUUGAUGUUGCCUCUAAAUGUGGUUGAAGGUUCAGUCAGAGCUACAGUCUCAGUCACUGGUGACCUCAUGGGGACUGCACUGCAGAACCUGGACCACCUGGUGCAUAUGCCCCAUGGAUGUGGGGAGCAGAACAUGGUGCUGUUUGCCCCCAUUGUCUAUGUGCUGCAGUACCUAGAGAAGACAGGACAGCUGACCCCUGAAAUCAAGGAGAGGGCAACAGGAUUCCUGCGCAAGGGGUACCAGAUACAGCUGCAGUAUCAACACCCUGAUGGUUCUUUCAGUGAAUUUGGUACCAAGGAUGAGUACGGUAAUACUUGGCUGACUUCAUUUGUGGUCAAAUGCUUCGUCCAAGCCAAGCCAUACAUUUUCCUGGACAAUAGGAGCAUCCAAGCUGCUCUCAACUGGCUGGAGUUCCACCAGCUUCCUAGUGGAUGCUUCAGAAAUGUGGGCCAACUUUUUCACACAGCCAUGAAGGGAGGUGUGGAUGGGGAAGUCCCCUUGGCUGCCUACAUCACAGCUGCAUACUUGGAGGCAGGGGAGACACCAGAGAGUACAGUGGUGCGCAAGGCUCUGGGCUGCAUCGCUCCUUCCCUUCCCAAAGCUGCCAGCACUUACACACAGGCCCUGCUGGCCUACACCUUUGCCCUGGCUAAGGACCAUCAACGCACACAAGAGCUUCUCGACAUGCUUGAUCAAAAGGCAAUCAGAGCAGGUGGGCAGAUCCACUGGAGUCAGAGCCCAUCCGAGACACCCAGCGCUUGGUCACAGCCACUGUCUGUGGAUGUGGAGUUGACGGCCUAUGUCCUCCUGGCCCUGCUCUCCAAGCCAAAUGUCACAAGGGCUGAUCUCACCACAGCCUCUGGCAUUGUGGCCUGGCUCACCAGGCAGCAGAAUGCCUAUGGAGGAUUUGCCUCAACACAGGACACAGUGGUUGCCCUGCAGGCCUUGGCUAAGUAUGCAGCACUGACGUACAGCACAAAGGGGGUUGCAGAAGUGAGGGUGAGGUCCCAGAGAGGCUUUGGGAGGAAGUUCCAAGUCUCCUACCAGAACCGACUUUUGGUGCAGGAGGUGGCACUGACAGAAAUCCCAGGAAAGUUCUCAGUGCAGGCCCAUGGCAGCUGUUGUGUCUUUACCCGGAUGGUGUUGAGGUACAACACACCCUUCCCACAAGUCUCAAAAUCCUUUUUCUUGCGAGUGAAAACCAAGCCAGUCAAUUGCACCAGGGAUGAUACCCACUCUGUAACUCUCUACGUCAAUGUCAGGUACACUGGGAAGAGAGCCAUUUCCAAUAUGGUGAUUGUGGAGGUGUCCCUACUGUCUGGAUUCGUCCUGGCUCCAGGAUCUGGGAUGCCUAUGGAGCAUUGGCACCCUGUGAAAAGAACUGAGAAAACCCAAGCAGGUGUUGCCAUCUAUUUGGACAAACUGAGCCAUAAGUCUGAGACAUAUGUCCUGCACCUGGAACGGGAGAUUGGGGUGACCAACCUGAAGCCAGGACAUGUCAGGGUCUAUGACUACUACCAUCCAGAGGAGCAGGCCAUGGCUGAUUAUAAUCUUUUCUGCAUCUGAGCCCCACUAUCUUUGCCUGAGAGGAGGAGCCCUGUGUACCUCUGAUUCAGCAUAUUCCCUUUAUCUAGAACUACAUCUGGAAUUCCCUGGGCCUCCAUCUGUCCUCUGUUUUCUGGAUUUUUUUGUGUUGUCUUUGCUAAAUUGCUCUGUAGGUGGUACAUGAAAUGGUUAACACGUGUUCUUGCUGUAAAGUCUGGGGGAUAUCUGGGCUUGGUAUAGCUGAUGGGUCUGCCUGCCAGCUGAGUGACAGUGCUUGCAGACAGUUUUCACUGUUCCAGAAGAAAUUCCAAGCAGAAUUCAUGGUACUAUUUCCAGCUUACACUAUUUGGGUAUGGCUGGAUAUCCCACCUCUUCCUGGGGAGAGGCUGAAUUAAGACAAGAAUACUUGAUCAAACAAGAGAAACACUUUCCCUGAGAGUCCUUAUUGAGGGUCUGGUCUCCCUAGCUGUUAGCAUCCCAGGAUUAAUCAUUUCAGUCAUCCUAUUUUCUCUCUGUUUUCCUCCCUCUUCAUACUGUUUUUUCUCCAAGGACCUGGUAUGCUCUCUUACUAUCCCCUGUUUCAGCCCUCGGGGGUCCCAUUAGUGGGAGAUGCCCUAGCAGAGCACAGCUACUGCUUUAUUGCUUUUGGUAUGGUGGGGCAUACGUCACCUGCAAAGUCACAUCUCAGUGGGCUUGGGAUAUUGGUGCUGGAGCAGAUCUCAAGUUGGAUUUCAGGACUAAACCCAGCCCAUGCCAUGCUGCUCAUCCUGACAGCCAUUUCCUGGUGAAUUCUUUUGGGUGUCUGAUUAAUUCUGAUUGUUUUAAUCCAGGGAUUUUCUUGCUUGUAAACAGAA